AUGAGAACCAGAACCAGCAAGGGCUCUAUCCUUGCCGGCCUGCUCCUGGCAGCGGGAGCGGGAACCGGCAGGGCGGAUCCGACAUGGCCCGCACCUACCGAUCAGAUGGAGGAGAUUGUUUUCCAGCUUCAGGGCAUGGACGGGAGUUUGUUCAGUGAUAACAUCACGCCUUGUGAUAAUGAGGCCGCUGGGCCGGGGAGGGUGACAGCUAGCGAGUGGCUGCGCGUUGCUUUUCAUGACAUGGCUACCCACAACAGGUUUUUUGACCGGGGCGGUCUUGACGGCUCGUUGCAAUUCGAGCUUAGAAGCUCUGAAAACACGGGCCCAGGACACAACACCACACUCCAGUUCUACGCGACAUAUUUGUCCAGCCGGUCAAGUCUCGCAGAUCUGAUCGCGGCCGGAGCGUAUGCCGCCGUUCGCGCCUGCGGAGGACCAGUCAUUCCACUGAGAUUGGGACGCAAGGAUGCGCUGACGGCCGGCUCCUCUGGUGUUCCCCAACCAGAGAACUCAGUUGGCAGUUUCGUAUCGCAGUUCGACCGCAUGGGCUUCUCCCAGGCUGAGAUGAUUCAAGUCGUGGCCUGCGGUCAUACGCUCGGAGGAGUUCACAGGACCGAGUUCCCCAACAUCAUUCCCGCCGGCGUGUCCAAUAUUCCCUUUGAUACGUCCAAGGCCACCUUUGACAACAGGAUUGCCACCGAGUAUGUGUCUGGUAACACCACCAACCCCCUCGUAGUUGGUCCAGCAAUUGCUAUCAACCGCCAUUCCGAUUUCAAGGUCUUCAACAGUGACGGAAACGCCACUAUCAACACCAUGACAUCGCCCAGUGCUUUCCAGAGCAUCUGCCAGACUGUUUUGCAGAAGAUGAUCGAUGUGGUACCGUCCACUGUGACUUUGACUCCACCUAUCGCUCCGUACACCGUCAAGCCGCAGGAUAUGCAGCUCACUCUUCAGUCCGGUGGCGCCAGCUUCCUCCUUACCGGAAAGAUCCGUGUCCGGACUACCGAGAUUCCCGGUAGCACCAUCACCAACUUGGUUUUGACUUGGAAAGACAGGAACGGUGGUAACAGCUGUGGCUCUUUGUCAUCCUGCUCCACGACCGCUACUCUUCAGGGUAUUGCCAACGGUUUCGAUGACACCUUUGCCUUCUUCCCGAUUGAGGCUACCAUCCCUACAUCGACCGGCAUCUCCUCUUUCACAAUCACCAUCAACCGCAACGAUGGCUCGAGCCAGACAUUCGACAACAAUGGAAACACCUACCCCUUGUCGGACGCCGUUGUCUUGCAAAAGACCCAGAGCUGCCUGUUGCAGACAUCAGGCCAACUCACUGUUGCGGCCGUUGUUCGCAACGAUGUCGUCGGUGUUCCAGUGAACCUCGAUAUCGAGUAUCAGACGCCCCGUACCGGUAACAGCGGCAACCCAGUCCCUGCCAUCAACACAGCUACUGUUCAAAUGACUGAAGGUGACUGUGUCGGUCCCUACACUUUCUACUCGGCCAGCUACACCAUCCCCGGCGGCCGCAGCUACAACGCCAGAAUCAGCAUCACUGCUGGCGAGCACACCGAUGACUUCAACAAGGCCAGCAUCUUUGGCGGUACAUGUGGCAGCUUUACAGGCACCCUUGCCUGCGGCAACAUUACUGAGCCCGUUAGCACUACGAGCUCCUCGGCCACCGCCUCCAGCACCUCGACCUCGGUCUCGAGCAGCGUGGUCACAACCACGACUACCGGCAGCACCGGUGUUCCCACCCCUAGCAUCAGACCCAGCGUUGGUGGCUACAGCUUUGUUGACUGCUGGACCGAAGGUGCUGGUGGCAUCCGCGCUCUUGGCGGUGCGUCUUUUGCCUACGAUGAGAUGACUCUUGAAUCCUGCGCCGCCAACUGCACUGGUUUCGAUCUCUGGGGUACUGAGUAUGGCCGUGAGUGCUACUGCGGAAACAGCCUUCACUCCAGCAGCUCCGAGGCUCCUGAAGCCGAGUGCAACAUGCCCUGCGGUGGUGAUCCGAGUGCCUUCUGCGGUGCUGGCAACAGAAUCCAGCUCUAUUCUACCACGGCCACACGCAGCACGUCUGCUACUCCCACGCCAACUGCUACCUUGAGCACCAAGCCUACUGUUGGUGCUUAUGUGCGUGUUGGAUGCCAGACUGAGGCCUCUGCCGGUCGCGCCUUGUCGGGGAACAGCUAUGCUUCUGAUGACAUGACUCUUGAGUCUUGUGCUGCUUUCUGCAGCGGCUUCACGUAUUUCGGCACUCAGUACUCUCGUGAAUGCUUCUGCGGAAACACCAUCAAUGGUAACAGCGCUUCUGCUCCCGAUGCGGAUUGCAGCAUGACCUGCGCCGGCGACCCCUUCUCCUACUGCGGUGCUGGCAACAGAUUGGAGCUCUACAUCCUGGAGACUGCGUCCACCUCAACCACCGGUGCCCCUCCUGUCGAAGUUACGACCACGGCUACUGCCACUGCCACGUCUACCACUUCUGCUGCCCCCACAGGAACACUUUCCCGCGUGCCUACCGUUUCUCCCUAUAGUUACGCCGGCUGCUACACCGAGGGCACUGGCUCCCGCGCCCUCACCGGAAAGAGCACUUAUGACUCCGAGAUGACCCUCGAGUUCUGUGCCAGCUAUUGCUCUGGUUACAAGUACAUGGCCACCCAGUACAGCGCCGAGUGCUUCUGUGGGAACACGCUUCACUCAACUGCCACUGAAGCCGCCCAGGGCGACUGCUCCAUGACCUGCGCCGGCAACGAGUUCCAGUAUUGCGGAGGACCCAACAGACUCGAGCUGUACGUCCAGGAGGACAUCGAGGCCCCAGCUGCCCCUUCCCAGCCAGAGGCCGUUGGCAACUGGACCUUCUACCAGUGCAGAACAGAGGGAAGCCCAGGACGUGCCUUGGCUGCCGAGACAUACGCCGCUGACACCAUGACUCUCGAGUCUUGCGCCGACUUUUGCGCUGGCUACACUUACUUUGGUACCGAGUACGCUAGGGAGUGCUUCUGCGGUAACUCUUUUGGUGUUGGCUCGAUCGAGGCGCCUGCGGCAGAGUGCUUCAUGACUUGCGCGGGUAACGGAUCGCAGUUCUGCGGUGCUGGUAAUCGUCUGAGUAUUUACCAAGCUGCUUAG